AUGCCUCAGAAACCAAGGAAAUCUCGGGCUAUUGGUAUCUCAUCGCUCAAUCAAUGCUCGGGGCAUUCUCAACCUGGUCGGGGCAAAAAUGCGAGCAAAGCGGAUCUUUCCCUUCUUACCGGCCUCAGUGAAAUCCCUUCUCUUAAGCCUAACGAAAUAGAGGGCGUUCUUAGUGGACAAGUUCCAAACACUGGUACCCAUUCGGGUUUACAGAGCAAGGAGCCUGUUUUUCCUCCACCAGCCGAUGAGGACGCAGUAGCUCAUUUCGAUUCCACCCUAAACGUAUUUUCAAAUGGGCAAAAUACCACAAAUCAAGUGUUCGAUUCCGUCAAUCCUUAUCAGCCUGCCUCUGAAAAUCCACUAUAUCUCUUCGGUUACCCAUACACAAGUGCCCAGGAGUACCCAUCCUCGGCAGACUUUAAGCAAAAUGAACCUUUCGAUAAUGGUGCUACAAACUAUUCUCAGCAACACUCACUUCCACAAGACGGCUAUGAACAAAAUGCCUUAUCACAUGUGUAUCCCUGGUAUCCGUAUCAUUUGGAGAACUGUUCGGAUUCUUCUUGGGCUGGUGUGUGCAAUCAGCAGAUUAACAGUGCCUCAUCAUACACAUAUCCGGCUCAAGGCAUUCAACCUGUUACGUCGUUUCAUUAUAACUACAAAACCCAGUCCCAGGAGUACGAAGCUUCUAUCUCCAAUCCGUAUACAUGUUAUUCUUCAUGCGUCGAAGAAAAGAGCUAUGACUCAGUGUGCUCCAACUAUUCUGCAGUAUAUCCUGAUUCAGGGGUCGGCGAAUUAUUUUCUACGGCCUCUCCUGCACCUAAUCCUCUGCUUGCAUCAAUAUAUGGAUCCGAAGGUGGGACUCGGCAUUAA